AUGUCAAAUGUGCAUCAUCUGUUGGUACCGAAAAGAGAAAGAACCAGAAAAUCUCUGAUGGCUCAUAGAAGAUUAACUCAGAUACACCCAACUGUUCCUGCUGAAUUUCGAGAAAAAAUAUCAAAAAAUAAAAUCAACCCAGAAAACUCAAAAAUUGAACAGUCAACUUUUUCAGGGUGAGGAAUUAUUAUCAUUUUUUUUCUGCAAAAAAAAAUUAAACUUAAUUUAAUUACAAUUUUAUGCUUAAAAUGGACUAUCUAUUUCCAUAAUAAUUAAUCAGUUUUUUUGGGAAAACAAUUACUAAAGUAUUAAAAUAAAUAACCUUUUUUAGAGCAUUCUUUUGUUUUUCGUUCUAAAUAUCAAGAUGUAUGAAAGCGAGCACGAUCAAGGCUUCUCGCUGUCUUGCUUCUUAAAAAGAACAUAAAAACACUCCACACUGAAGAAUACUCUCCACCAGAAAACUUCGAAUUUAAGCGUUCUGUAAGCUCACUACGAUUUGUGGAAGCCUUAAACGAAAAUCUCGAAAAAACCAGAGAGCCAGUUCCAUGCGGAAUUAUCCACCCUGACCAUAAAUUUAGAACUUAUUGAGAUCUCGCAAUGCUUUUUGUCUUAUUAUAUACAGCUACAAUAAUGCCGUUCAGUAUGGCUUUUGUAGACUCCACCUUAUGAGAUAUAGCUUAUACUCCUAUAUAGAUUUCUUUAUCGAGCAAGAUGUAAUAGACUCUUAAACGAGCAAAACAGACUCUUUCAAAGAGAUGAGUUCAAUCUCUAUAUCAGGAAGUGUUAAAAAGAACGCGCCAUAAUUUAAAAUUUAAGAAACCAAUUAGACUUGGAUUGAUUAAUAACUAAAAACUUAUUUUAAAACGUCUUAUAAAUUAAUGAUAAUAAUAAAUACAAAUAAUAAAUAAUACAUAUAAAUUAUAUGAAUAAAACUAAUCUAUGAUCUUUGCAUAUUUAAUUAGCAAUUUUAAAUGUAAUUAAAAAUUAAAUUUUUAUAAUAGUAUAAUGACUCAUGAAUUUAUUAUGGACAUAUGCAAUUUUCAUUAAACAAGUUUAUAUGGAAUUGAAAAUCCAAAACUUUUCGUUAAAGUUGCAAUUUUGCGAAAGGAUAGAAUUUUAAAUAGAUUACUAAUUUGCUAUGAUCAAUUGAAGUCCAAAAGCCAAAGUUUGUAUCAAGCGCUUGUUGUUGUUUGCAAAGUUCUUAAUGACUCAUUAUAUGGUCUGCAGCAAAUUUGAAUGAAUUAAAUUUAAUUAUCGAUCGGGUUACUAUUUUAUGGCAGAAGAAAUUGUUAAAUAAACAAUAAUAUUUUUUAUAUUUAUUAUCUCCACUCUCAUUGGUAUCUUAAAUUUUUAAAUUAUUUUUAUAAAGCCAUUUUAAAUUAUGGCGCAUUCACAUGUCAACUUUUUUACAGUUGCCACCAUUUUUUGACAUGUCACUUUUUAACACUUCCUGAUAUAGAGAUUGAACUCAUCUCUUUGAAAGAGUCUUAUUCGCUCGUUCAAGAGUCCAUUACAUCUUGCUCGAUAAAGAAAUCUAUAUAGGGGUAUGAGCUAUAUACCUGAUUUCUAAUGGAUUUAAUAGUGAAUAUGUUUUUUAUUGUAGAUUUAGUCGUCAAUUUAAUGUGUGCUUACAUUACACCUGAAGGAAAAUUAGUUACUAGCCGAUGAAGGAUUUUUUUAAAAUAUCUAAAAUCAUGGCUUAUAAUAGAUUUAGUCUCAUCAAUCCCAUAUAGCUUGCUACCAGGUUCAAAUACAGACUCGUCUGGGUCCUAUAAUAGCAGCAUGUCACUAUUAAAAUUACCAAGACUUUAUAGGCUGUUCCGUAUAUCAAGAGUUAUUAAACUGUUAAAAAAAUAUAAAAACAGCGAAUUUAUGGAGAAAUUGCAAGAUUUUUUUGAUUUAAAACAAAACAGGUUAAGAUUGAUAACAACAGCUCUUACAGUGGCGCUUUGUGUGCAUAUUGCCACGUGUAUGUGGUACUUUUCUGCAAAACUUGAAGGGUUUUAUUAUGAUACCUGGGUAUUUAGAAAUGGAUUAAUGAAUGAAGAUACUGGAACUUUGUAUUUGACAUCUUUGUAUUGAGCAAUAACAACUUUGUCUACAGUAGGAUAUGGGGAUAUACAUGCCCAAACGAUAACAGAAAAGAUGUGUGCAAUUAUUUGGAUGAUUUUUACCGUUUAUGUUUUUUCUUUUGUUAUUGGUAGCUUACUUCCGAUUAAAAAUUUAAAGACAGCCAGCUUAUUUUAGUAAUUUAAUUGCGAUAAUAAAUUUUCCUUUAUAAAUUUUUAAAUCAAUAAAAAAUAUAUAACAAAAAACAAACAAAAGAUAUAAACAAUAAGAAAUAAGCAAUAAAUAAUAAAUGAUAAUUCAAUAAUAAAUAAAAGAAAAUCGAUAAAAAAAAACUAACAAAAACACAUAAGAACGAAUUAGGGAAUAUGCUUUCAACUGUUGAUUCUAAAGAAAAUGUGCUUAUAAACAAACUCGCUGUAAUUGAUGAAUUCGCUAAAGAAGCAAGCUUAGAAAAAGACUUAAAGCAUCGAUUAAGAAUAGCACUACGCUACUCAACUGAAAAAACUGGUUUUUCAUGAGCAGACAAACAAAAUAUCUUCAACGAGCUCCCAAAGAAUUUCCGGUAUGAAGUUGCAAUGGCCAUGCAUCGAGGCGCAGCCAAAGAUUUGACCUUUUUCGCAGAUAAAGACCAGGUCGUGGUAGCUUCAAUUGUGCCAUUUUUGCAGCCUGUUUUUGCAGCAGGUACUGAGCUUGUAUAUGAUAAAGGUGAAUUUGCAGAUGAAAUUUAUUUUGUGGUAAAAGGAAACGUCAGCUAUGUUUUUGGAAAAGAUAAUAACCUUUUUUUCUAUAAAUUUUACCUAUAAUAAUGUAAAUACAAUAAAAAUAGACUAUUUAAAGCGAAAAGAAUAAAUUAAUCCGAUCCACACAGCGAGGGGGCUAUUUCGGAGACAUUGAAGUAGUCUCACGAAUCUUAAUCUUAAUAUUAUCUAUAACGCUUAACGUCCACUACGGGGUAGCCAACUCCAGAGCUGCCCACCAUAUUUAUCCACGUGUCGGGGCCCAGAAAUCGCUGGAUCGAUCCCUUUUGAUCGCCAAGGCACGGGUAAAUAAGGCAUUCCGGCUUCGCUGCCGCCACGGCUUUGUUUCGACUCAGCUUCUGCGCGUGUUCCAUCUCCCUUGGGAUGUGCUGAGGGGUAAAAACUCCAGAUCUUGAGCGCACUGAGGAGCAGUUCCUCUGGUUAUCUCCAAAGUUAAACCGCUGUUGCUGUGCAGAAGUUCUUGAGGUGAAAACCCAACCCUAUAAAUAAAAUUGCUUGAGUGAGAGAAAGUUAGCGGAGCUAACUUCGCUUGAGCGAAAGCCAUUUUAUUUAUAGUAUCUCACGAAUCACUCGAAAAUACGCAGCACUUGCUGUAAGAGACAGUGAGCUACUUAUUAUGGGAAAAGCAUUAAUAAACAUAAUAAUGGACGAAUAUCCUCACAUUUGGGAUGAAAUUGUUCUGGUAGCUGCAGAGAGAGAUAAUGUAAACCAGAAAACAAUUGCAGAAAUCGAGGUCCUUAAUGCAAUGAAAAAUAAAGGGGAUUUGGCCAGCAUUGAUAUGGAAAAAUACAAAAAAGAGGUAGACAGGUUUAUUACGAGAAUGAAAUAUAAAGAUUUAAAAAAGAAAAUUAAUUUGGACCCAAAAAAGCCAAGUUUAGAAGAUGUGACGAUAAAUGAUAUGAACGACAAAAUUGAGUCGAUUUUUAAGACAAUAGAAGCUUUAGAAGUGCAAAUUAAAGAUCUUGGGAAAAAUGCUGCAAUUGCAAAAAGCCCUGGUAGGCCAAAACUGCCACCGAUAUUUAAGAGAGGGUCAAAAUCGCCUAGUGUUAAUAAAGCGGCUUUAAGCAGCACAUUUAGCACAUAUUGUAGCCACUCUUCAGGAGAAGAUCCUAUGACAUCUUUAAUAUAG